UCAGUCCAUGACGCAGCUUUGAACAAGCAGUUCGGCUUGGUUCGGUCUUUGGUUUCGCAAGACCCCGUACUCGUGAAUGCUAUAGACGACGAUGGGCGGACGCCUCUGCACUGGGCUGCGUCGUCUGGCUCUGUGGAUAUUGUUCGGUUUUUAAUAGAUCAGAAGGCCGACGUCAAUCGCGGUGACAGUGGCGGUUGGACGCCGCUCCACAUUGCGUCAAGCGGUGGCUUUGACGACGUUGUCCGGGAAUUGCUCGGCGCAGGCGCAGAAGUGAAUCGAACGAAUGACAAAGGCAUUACUCCUCUGCAUUACGCGGCAUCGAAAUCUCGAAUCGAGAUCGGCAAGCUGCUGAUCGCGAGAGGAGCUGACAUCAACGCUCGAGAUAAGGCAAAUCAGACUCCACUGCAUAGGGCGGCGACGACAGGGUCGACGGGCUUCAUAAAUCUCCUUCUGAACCCGCCUGAGGGGUCUCCCAAGACCCGCCUCAAUACCGCGGAUCGCGUUGGCAACACGCCGCUGCACCUUGCGAUGGAGUCGGCGCACGCAGAGGCAGCUUGUCUCCUCAUUGAGGCUGGCGCAGAUCGUGAGCGGGAGAAUCUCGAUGGCGAGAUGCCAGAAGAUCUCGAGGGCGUGGGCGGACAGGAACAACGACGUGCGAAGGCGUACGUCAUUGAACGAUGUGGCAAA